AUGAAAAGAAAUAGAGAUGAUAAUAAUGGUUCACCAACGAAUCCAACAACACUACCACCAUUAUCACCAACUUUAUCACCUCCAUCACCACAACAAGGGGCAAAUAUAUCAAAAUUAACUUCACCACCUGGUGGACCAAAUACACUUCCAUCAUUUUCAUUCCCACCAUCAUCAAAUACAACUUCAUCUAUUUCCUCACCAACUUCUCCAAUUGAAAGAGUUACUGAAAUAAAUAGUAGUAGUAAUAAUAAUAAUAAUAAUAACAACAAUAAUAAUAAUAAUAGAAGUAGUCAUGAUCGUAUUUCACCAACAGCAUUAUCAUCACCACCACCAUCAACUAGUAGUUUAAAUUCAUUGAUUAGUCCAACUAAUUCAUCAAGUUCCUCGAUUUUGGAUACUGACUCUAAAUUUACAACAAAAAGAAAUAUGAUUUUACCAUCUGCUAAAAAUACAUUAAAUGAUGAUAAUACAGCUGAUUUACCAUAUGGUAGAAGAGUAGGUGAUGGGGAAAGAAGUAUAAUAGAUAGAGGUGGGGGAGGAGGUGGAGGUAGUGGAGAUAGAGAGGGUUCAUAUGGUGGUCACCAUUUCCCACCAAGAGUUGGAAUUUUGAGCGAGAGAGAAAAAGAUCGUGAACGUGAUCGUGAGCGUGAAAGGGAACGUGAAAAAGAACGUGAGCGUGAGAGAGAACGUGAGAGUUCAAUUUCACCUUUAAAUAGUCAUCAACAACAAUCUCAACAACAAUCUCAACAACAACAACAACAACAACAACAAUCACAUUCAUUACCACCUAUUUCACAUGGCGGUGGCGGUGGUGGUGGUGGCAGUGGGUUGGAUUAUAAUAUAGCAAGACAGGCUCAACAAAUUUCUCAACAUAUGAUGCAACCACAAUCACAUCAUGGUUAUUCAGGUUAUUCAAAUAUUUUAAAUCAUAAUAACAGUAGUAAUAAUAACAAUAACAAUAAUAAUAAUAAUAGUAAUAAUAAUAGUAAUAGUGGUAGUAAUAAUAAUAGUCCAACCAAUAUUGCUAGUAUAAAUAAUUUAACCAACCCUGUACAAUCACAACAACAAUCACAUACACCAAUAAGACCAUCACAAAGUCCUUCAAACCAAAUGUUUCAACAACAACAACAACAACAACAGCAAUUACAACAACAACAGCAAUUACAACAACAACAGCAAUUACAACAGCAACAACAACAACAACAACCAGCACCACAAUCACCAAUUAGACAACAACAACAAUUUGACAAUGCCUUUUAUUUCUUGGAACAAGUUAAAAUGCAAUUUUCAAAACAACCAAGAAUUUAUAAUCAAUUUUUAGAUAUUAUGAAAGAUUUAAAAGCUCAUAAUAUUGACACACCAGUUGUUAUUGCGCGUGUUAUUGAAUUAUUUAAAGGACAUAAACAUUUAAUUUCUGGCUUUAAUACAUUUUUACCAGCAGAUUAUAGAAUUGAUGUUUCAACAUUUGAUGAUGAUGGUAAGCCUUUUUCUGUCCCUUCUCCAAAUUCAAAUAUACAGCAGCAACAACAACAACAACAACAACAGCAACAACAACAGCCACAAUAUGUAGUUAAACAACAACCACAACAAACACAACAAACACAAAGUCAUAUUUUACCACAACCAACAAUGAAUCAACAAAUUCAACAACAUUUUCAACAACAACAUAUUCAAAUGCAAUUACAACAACAACAAGCAGCAUUACAAGCACAACAACAACAAGCUCAACAACAAGCAGCCUUACAAGCUCAACAACAGCAACAAGCAGCAUUGCAAGCACAACAACAAGCUCAACAACAAGCAGCAUUACAAGCUCAACAAGCAGCCGAAAAAGCUCAACAGAAUCAACCACCUCAAAAGAAACAAACAGAGUUGGAUCAUGCUAGAAACUACGUUAAAAAAAUCAAAAAUAGAUUCAUUAAUCAACCAGAUGUAUAUAGACACUUUUUAGAGAUUUUACAUAAUUAUCAUAACGAACCUCAAACCAUCAAAGAUGUUUACGACCAAGUAGCCGACUUAUUUAGAGCUCAUCCAGAUUUAUUAUCAGAGUUUACUCAAUUCCUUCCUGAUGCCGUUAAUGCAAGCCAAAAUCCUAAUGCAGUACUAGAACAACAACAACAACAAAUGCUUCAACAACAACAGCUACAACAACAACAACAACAACAACAACAACAAAUGCUACAACAGCAACAACAACAACAACAACAACAACAACUACAACAACAACAACAACAGCAACAACAACAGCAACAACAACAACAACAACAACAACAACAACAACAACAACAACAACAACAACAACAACAGCAACAACAGCAACAACAACAACAACAGCAACAACAACAACAACAGCAACAACAACAAAAACCGCCAAGAAAAUAUCCAAGUGGAAAAGCUAGAACUCAAUCAAUGACUCCACCUCCAUAUGCACAACAAUCACAAGCUGGUUAUCCAAAUUAUAAUCAAGGUAAUCAACAAUUGACUCCACAACAACAAGCACAAAUUCAACAACACCAAGAAUACCAACAACAACAACAACUCCAACAACAACAACAACAACAACAGCAACAACAACUAUUAGCUCAACAACAACAACAGCAGCAACAACAACAACAAGCAUUACAACAACAACAACUUCACCAACAACAACUUCACCAACAACAACUUCACCAACAACAAUUGGCCCAGCAACAUCAACCAAUGAAUCUUGAAGGUCAAAUUAAUGCGGCAGUUCACCAAAUGGGAGAAAGAUCUCCAAUGGGAGGAGAAAGAUCUCCAAUGAGCACAAUUCAUGAAAAAGAACGUUUGAUGAAAUUGGAUAAAGAACGUCAAUCCCAAUUACAACAAUUACAACAAAUACAACAACAACAGGCUCAACAACAACAGCAACAGCAAGCUCAACAACAACAACAACAACAACAAUCUCCAUCACAAAAUAUUCAACAACAAUAUCAACCAGGAUCAUCAGAAAAAGAAAAGAAAAAACGUUUUAGUAAAAAAUCAGAUGAUAAGAAUGAAUAUGGUCAACAAAUUUCUGGUGGAGUUCAAAUGUAUCCAACAAAUAAUAAUUUAAUCAACAGUAUGAUGAAUAGUAAUGCCAAUAACAACAACAAUAAUAAUAAUAAUAAUAACAACAAUAAUAACAAUAAUAAUAAUAAUAAUAAUAUUAUGAAUCAACAAAAUAUGAAUCAACAACAAAAUAUGAAUAAUAUGAUCAGUAAUAAUAAUAAUAUUAAUAAUAAUAAUAUUAUAGUUGGAGAACAAGGUACAUAUGAAGAAUUAGACUUUUUCCAUAAAGUGAGAACAGGUGUACCAAAUAAUAAACUUUAUAAUGAAUUCUUGAAAUGUUUAAAUCUUUUCAGUCAAGAGAUUAUUAGUCGCACAGAAUUGGUAUUAUUGGUAAAAGAUAUUUUAUUACCACGUUUACCAGCAUUAUUUGAAUGGUUCAAGUCAUUUAUUGGUGUUGAUGAUCAAUCUAUAGAACUAUUGGAACGUAUGGAACAAUCAUCACCAGGCAAACAAAAUAAUGCAUGGUCAGAGAUUGAUUUCACCACAUGUAAACGUUUGGGACCAAGUUAUCGUGCAUUACCAAAGAAUUAUCCACAACCAAGAUGUACGGGUAGAAGUGAAUUGGCAGAGAGUGUUUUAAAUGAUGUUUGGGUUUCAUUCCCAACUGGUAGUGAAGAUUUUGGUUUCAAGAGUCAAAGAAAGAAUCAAUUCGAAGAGAAUCUAUUCAAAUGUGAGGAUGAACGUUUCGAAUUGGACUUGAUCAUUGAAUUGAAUGCCUCAACCAUUAGAGUAUUGGAUCCAAUCUUGAAUUCAUUGAUUGAUAUGCACGAUCAUGAACGUCUAAACUUUAGAAUGCCAAAUUUAGAUGUACUACAUCAUCGUUCCAUCGAAAGACUUUACAAUAAUAAAGGUAUGGAAAUUAUCACUGCACUCUACAAUAAUCCAUUGGUAUCACUACCUGUGAUCUUGAAGAGAUUGAAACAAAAAGAUCAAGAAUGGAGAAAAGCUAAACGAGAAUGGAAUAAAGUUUGGAAAGAUACCACCGAAAAGAACUACUAUCGCUCUUUGGAUUAUCAAAGUACUUCCUUUAAACAAUCUGAUAAGAAAACUCUUACUCCAAAGGUUUUAUUGGCAGAAAUUCGUCAGAAAUAUUCAGAGAAAAUACGUGAACGUGAUGAUUUACUCCAAAGAAGAUCUCGUAUUAAACAAACUAUCAUCAAACCACCACCAUAUCAUUUACUCUAUUUUAUGCCUGACUACAAAGUUUGUUCAAAUAUUUCCUCUUUAAUUUUAUUUGCCGCUGAAAAAAUUGUACAAAAACAAGAUUUAGAAAAAAUUGAAAACUUUUUAAAUUUCUUUUUAUUAACUUUCUUUUAUAUUGAUAAUGAUAAAAAAGAUUUAAUUAUUGAUGAAAAAUCACCAAAUAAUAAUAAUAAUACUAAUAAUAAUACUAAUAAUAAUAAUAAUAAUAAUACACCUACAAAUACAACAACUACAACAACUCCCUCAACUUUAAAUAAAUCAAAUGAAGAUGUUGAAAUGAAAGAUGGUAAUUCCGAUGGAGGUCUUAAAAAUGUAAAUAUAAUUCAUCAACCAAAAGUUUUCUCUGGUAAAACAAAAAGGAUCUUCUAUGGAAAUAAUACCUUUUAUAUAUUCCUACGUUUAUAUCAAAUUUUAUAUGAAAGAUUACAUAAAGCAAAAGAAUUGGCUGAGUCUGCUAUGAAAUCACAUUGGACUUCAAAACCAAAUGUUACUAGAUUCUUUUCUGCAAAUUCAAAUACUGAUUCAAAUAAUGAUUCAAUGGAUGAAAAAUUAAAUGGUAUUUCUCAUUCAAAUAAUAAUAAUAAUAAUAAUAAUACAAAUAAUACAACAGCAACAACAACUACAACAACUACAACAACAACAAAUUCAUCAGAAUCAAGUAAUAAUAAUAAUUCAGAAAAUUCAAAUAAUACAACAACAACUACACCAAUUACUAUUGAAGAAUCUGAAUUAUCAGAUGUUGAAAGAUAUGAUAGAUUUAUUUCAAGUCUUCAAGAAUUUAUGGAUGGUGAUAGUAAUCAAGAGAAAUAUGAAGAUAGUUGUAGAUCUUAUUUAGGUAUUUCUUCAUAUAUCUUGUUUACAUUAGAUAAAUUAAUUAAUCAAUUGGCAAGACAAUUACAAGCAUUAUUACAGGGUGAGAAUUGUUUACGUUUAUUAUAUUUAUUUACACUUGAAGUUAAAUCUUAUACUGGUUGGUCUGAUGAACUUUAUCAUUCAAAAGUUUUGGAGGUUUUAAAGGAUGAAAGGGUUUUCUUAUUCGAGUUUGAAGCUACCUCUCAACCAAUGGGUACAUUCACCAUCGAGCUAAUGGAUCCAACUUCAGAAUCAAUGUUAAAGAAAGCUGAAGAGGUCAUUGCUAUCAGUGAAAGAAUGAUUCAAGACUCUGAAGCUGAAAUGGAAAAAGCUAAACAAUACGUUGCCGAUUAUAAACAAUUGGAUUCAAAUAUUGAUCCAAGAACUCAUAAAGUAUUCCUAAAGAGAAAUAUCCCAAGGGUACUCUCUGAAAUACCCACCGAGAAUCAACAACAACAACAACAAAAACUUAUGGAUGAGGCUCUAAAGGAUACAAUCAAUGAAACUGGCUUGGAAUGUAGAAUAUGCACUCAAACCUACAGACUCUUUUAUGUAGAAGAUACAACCGAUUAUUUCUAUAGGAAAAAUGCUAUUUCUAGAUCCAAAAAUUAUAAAUCUCCAAAAUUAGAUAUUAAUAUUUUCCAAAAAAAAGUAACUAAAAAAGAUUUAGAAAAAGAAUAA